UUUUGUUGCAUUAAAUAUGAAUAAAAAUGACUUAAUUCAAUUUGUAAGUGAACCUUGGCGUAAUGAUUCGUUAACUGAUAAAGAAUAUGAAGAGCUAUAUUAUCUUACACCAGAAAUGAAAAAAGAAUACGAAUUAGAGUUAAAAAUAUACUUAUUUUCGAUUUUAAAAGAUCUUAUAGCUGAAAAAGAUCAAGAAAUAAAUGCUAUUAAUCAAAAAUGCAAUACAACCAACAUUGAUAAUAAAAAACGUAUAUGCCCUAAUUGUCAUAAAAAAUUAGAUACAUUAGCUACUUUACAAGCGGAAUCUGCUAAAGAACUUGCACGACUUAAUAAUACAGUUCCACAAUAA